AGUUUGUGCGUACAGGCACCGGCGCCAUUUUCUCUUUUCUAUGCGUGCCGCACAGCGCAAAACGAGAGUGCCCCGAGACAAGAUCUGCCUACCUCGUUCGAAAAGGCGAGGCCUGUUCUUGAGCCAAACUUAGUCAAUUACUUUGCAACCAUGCCGAAUACGAAGAACGCCGGGCGUCAGCCCAAGGUAAAGAAAAAGAAAGGCAGCGACAAGAAAACCGCAACAGCCGGAAGCGCCAGCUCCACUGCACCAGUGCACCAGAAAAAGAAGCAGACAGGAGGAAACACUGCAGGAGCGGCCGCUGUAGGCACUGGCUCUGCAUCUUCGUCGUCCACUGCGUCUGUUGGAGCGAAUUUCAGUUCGAUUCAGCUUCCGGGACUUGAGCGAGAUGCCAUUCAGCUUCCGACCAAAGUAGUCAAAAAAGCUGAAAAAAUCGCCAGUGAUAUGCUGGAAUUCGCUUACUCGUGGGAGGGAGGCGGUAUGUAAAUUGAGAUGCUGUAGUUAGACGUUUUUACGCUCUUUCCGCACCCUUGGCUUUGGCACGGUAAAAAGUUUGUAUACCCUUGGCUUUGGCACGGUAAAGAGUGUUGCACGAAGUAGGUGACGAGGAGAAAAGUUUCUCUGCCAUACACUCCAGACAAGAACUAGACCACGAUCCAUACAGGUUCUUCUCCCCUCGAGUCAAAUAGUUGCUUUCAUCAAAUUUGAAUACCAUCGACGACUUAUCAGGCACCUCCUUGGGAAACGCUUUGUGGGAGGACCAUCUCUUUGCGCACAUUGACGCAGUCCGGAAAGAAGGUCGGAUGGCCAUCAUGAGCUUGCUCGCCGCUCCGCCGUCUGGGAAAAAUUACUCGGAACUCAGUGCUGACGAAAAGGAUGCGAGGGACGUAGAACGGGAAAAGGUAAGUAGAUACUGUGAAUACACCAAAGCACUUUUGAUAAUGUCCUUCUACCUGGCGCCGUGGGGUUUGUUUAUCAAAAAGUCUUUACGACUACUAUCCUUUUCUUGUGGCGCCAUCUACCACAAGCAUAUCGACGGCAAUAUUAUGAAUUCUGAUUUUUUGCAUUUGCUCCAUCCAGGUGGACCACUCGCAACUUGGAUACUUGCUCGGCAUUGCGUUAUUCUUGGGGAGUGAAGACGGCCUCGCCCUUCUGGCGGACAAUGACCUUUUAGAGGAGGACGAGGAGGCUGUGCAGGGGCUCUUCGACACCUUCGCCUUAAUUUUGACACAGAUUCUACGGAUGGCCGGGUGCAGACAGGCCAACAGUAAAAGCGCCGAGGAGAUGAACGUGGAGUGCUCCUCGUCCUCUUCUGCGCGGGCCCGCCAGCGCUUGGGGCUGCGUUCCGAGCAGGACGAACAGACCCUGCUUGCGUUUCUCUUCAAAGUGCAAAAGGAAAUCAUCGAUGAGUUCGGGGAGGAAAUCCUGCCCACGAAGAUGGUUCAGAAAGUGGCGAAAGAAAAGAAGGACCAGCCCGUUCUUUUCGAACUUGUGGAAGUAGCACCCGAUGAAGAUGAUGAAGAUGGCAGCGACGACAUGGUGCCGAUUGACCCAGAAGAAAUGGCUGCCGCCUUGGCCGACCCGAAUGGUGGCUGCGCCCAGCAGUGAGAAGUCCGGAUCGGGCUAGUCACACAGGGGGAACGCAGGACGAGCAGAGAACCACCAAGUGGCAGUAAGAAGUUCUUGUUCCACCAAAGAAUAAAAACAGGGCAGAAGAAGUCUUCAGUCAGAAUGUUGACCGCCGCCCGCGUCUCUCUUCUGAUCCUUCUCUGCGUUCAAUUUUGUUCUGUGUGACAAGUUGCAGUUGGGUAAAGAUUUUGCUAUUUUUUCGAGUGGAGCGGAAUUUGAUAGUACUUCAAUUUAUGCAGUUACUAAAACGUGCUGCGAAUUUGUCGAGAAAAAUCCAAAAACAGAUCAUAGCAAGUUCUUGCUCGGUGAAAAAAUCAAGGCAUUGGUCCCGACAACAAGAAAAGUCUGGGCACCCUGCAUGCCAGGGUGCUGUUUGAACGGCGUUGCUACGUCUCAAAAGAGUAUGAAAACAAAGAUGAUCGAUCUGGUCUCUCUGUCGUCAUCCGCCUCUUUGCCGCGCAGUCAAAGCAGUCCCAUUCUAUGGUAGUGUAAUUCAUCGGCUUCAACAUCGUCGGCUUGCUCAGUGCGGUGGGGCCGUUAUCUUCUGGAAUAGUGAUCGCGACGGGGACGUGUCCUCCGAUUACCAUGCCGAG